AAUGUUCUGUGCUGGUGUGUUCUAUGUUAGAGGGCAUGAACUUGGGAAUGGAGCUAUGAUUGAUAGUAAAACCCGUCAUGUUUCAUUUGAUGUUGAAGGUAAUUUUGCAGUUAAAAAAUUUUUGGAAGCAUGUGAUAAUUUAAAAUAUCCAAGGACAUUUUUAAUGGAUUUCCUUCCCUUGUCACAAUUCUCAAAGGAAAUAGCACCCUCUAUAUGGCGUUUACUGUCAAAGCUGGAGCGCUUAAGAGUUUUGUCAUUUGGACGGUUUCCUCUUGAAUCAUUGGCCAAUUCUAUAGACAAACUGAUUCAUUUGCGAUAUUUGGAUCUUUCUGAAUCAUCUAUAAAGAUAUUACCCGAGUCACUGGGUAAUCUGUAUAAUCUACAAACAUUGAAGUUGAGAAAUUGUAGAAGACUAGAAAUGCUUCCUUCCAGCAUGCAACAUCUUGUAAAUUUGCGCCAUCUUGAUGUGAGAGGAACUAAUUUAAAAGAGAUGCCAAAAGGGAUGAGCAGAUUAAAACAAUUGCAGUUUUUAAGUUCCUUUGUUGUUGGCAGGAAUGAAGAGAAUGGGAUUAUGGAAUUGGGAGGACUUGCAAGCAUUCAUGGGUCACUCACCAUUGCCAAGAUAGAAAAUGUUAUCAACCCUAGUGAAGCUAGAAUGGCAAGGAUGCCUGAAAAGAAGCACAUCAACAUUUUAAAAUUGAGGUGGUUAUCCGAUAAUAGUAUUGAUUCUCAAAAUGAAAGAGAAAUACUUGCCGAGUUACAACCUCAGACAAAUCUGAAGGAGUUAUCAAUCAAGGGUUACAGGGGUACAAGGUUUCCGGAAUGGAUAGGGCACUCUUGCUAUCAAUAUAUGACUGACUUAAAGCUGAAGGGAUGUAGUAAUUGUUGUAUGCUUCCUUCACUUGGACAGUUAGUCUCUUUGAAGCACUUGAAUAUUUCAGAUUUUGACAGCUUGGAGACUAUUGGUGAAGAUUUUUACAUGGAUCAUAGCGCACAUUCUUCUUGUAUAGAACCUUUUCCAUCCCUUGAAAGUUUGAUAUUUAAUUACAUGCCUUCAUGGAAGAUAUGGCAUUCGUUUGAGUUUGCUGUUUUUCCUCGACUUAAGGAGCUUGAAAUAUGGGAGUGUCCUAUGUUGGUGGGAGAUUUUCCGCAUCAUCUUCGCUCUUUAGAAAAACUUACAAUUUUUGAAUGCAAUAAUCUUGCUUGUUCUCUCCCAAGAGGUCCUGCUAUUCGAGAAUUACUAAUCGAUGGCAAACAGAAUGUAAGAAUGCAGGAGCUACCACCUUCGCUGCUCUCCCUUGCAAUUUUUGGAAGUCAGCAGGUGGAAUCUGUGUUGGAGGCCAUCACACAUAACCAACCAACUUGUCUCCAAUUCUUACACAUCGAAAGCUGCCCCUUGGCCAUAUCGUUUCCAGGGACUUGUUUGCCCCAUUCGUUGAAAAGGUUGGAAAUCUAUGAUUGUACAAAACUAGAGUUCCCAAUGCAGCAACAACACAAUUGGCUACAGUCACUAGAAAUUUGUGACAGCUGUGAUUCAAUGUCAUCCUUUCCAUUGGUAGUUUUUCCAAAUGUCACCAAACUCAGCAUCACAAGAUGUAAAAACAUGAGAUCUCUUGAGGUGUCCCCAUCACAUGAUGUUGUUUUUCCAUGUCUUCGUGAUUUAACCAUCUGUGGAUGCCCCAACUUUGUAUCCUUGCUGUCUCAAACAUGGAAUAACGAGUUUUCAAGUCUUCAAAAUUUAACAGUCCCUACUCUUCCAAGUCUCCAUCAAUUAACAAUCUCGUGCUGUGCAAGUUUUGUAUUCUUCUCUGCCAUAAGGUUGGCUGCCCCACAGUUAGAACAUCUCAAGAUACAUUUUUGCCCAGAAGUUGAUUCAUUCCAAGAUCUGCCGCCUAAGUUGAGAGAUCUGCAGAUUGAAGGAUGCGAGAAAGCAGUGAGGUGCUUAGCAUCAUCGACAAUCUUGCAAAGUUCCAGUCUUAUCUUUCUUCUGAUAAGAGGUGCAUGUGAAAGUGUGAAGUCCUUUCCAAGAGAGGGUUGCCUGCCUGUCUCCCUUGAGUCUCUGCAACUGGAUGGCUUUCCUAGUCUGGAGACAUUGGAUUGCAAUGGGCUUCUCCAUCUUACCUCCCUCAAAACAUUGAGUAUUAAUGAUUGUCCCAACUUGAAGAACAUGGCAGGAGAAAGGCUGCCUGCUUCUCUAGCAAAACUCUCUAUCAAUGGAUGCCCAUUGUUGAGCAAAUUCUUCCAAACGAAGGACCCGCUGGUUUGGCCCAAAAUUUCCUUGAUUCACAAGAUUGAAGUUGAUGAUAGACAGAUUUCAUGACCCAAGAUCUGCAGAUUCAAUCAGAAGCUGUAUCUACAGCCAAACUCUCCUAUCUUGUUUGAAGUAUUCUUGUUGUGACUGCCGCCCAGAAAUGGUUAAGAAAUCAAAUAUCAAGGUAGUAAGUGAGUGUUGUGGAAAAACGAACUAAAUCUUUUCUCAUUACCUGGAGUUAGCUACAUGAAUCAGGUCUUCCUGUAGCUUAAUUGUUUGACUAUCUGGCUUCUGGUCUUCUUUGUACUUUGGCCUUUGCAGAUCUUCUUUGCAUAUGUUUAUACUGCCUAAGAAUGUCAGAAAGUCCUAGUAUAUCCUAGCAAAUAGGAGAGCCUAUAUGAAUGAACGCAGUUAUUGUUAACUUCUAUCAAAUUGAAACAUGAAGGUAGAAGCUGUUUCUUCCAACUACCAUUAUUGGCCUUCCAUUAGGUGAGAUGUUCUUUGGGACAUCUGCAGCUGAGAUGAGAAUGAAGGUAGACAAGGAGCUCUAUUGCGGGUUUGCCAAUUUGAAAUCCUUCCCCCUCAUGGUCCAUCCAACUUGAUCUUCCUGGUAUUUGGAGUGUUUGGAAGUGCAGAAACGAAUUGAUCUUUCAAGGAAAAUAGAUUUCAUUACUUGAGGCACGAGAAUAUAUCAUUUUUUGCAUUGAUAGAUGGUUUAAAGAUAAGGUCAAAAACUGUUGCUAGUAGCUAAUAUGAAGGAAAGUGGAGUAACAAUGGAUUGGCUCUGACUCAGACUAUUGUCCUUCAUUUCCGUGCCCUGAUGGAAGUGCCGAAGGGGCACUGUCUUGAAGUGUGUGCUGGUGAUGUAAUGAUAUAAUGAGUGAAAUGAAGAUAAGGCAAUAAGGAAUUAAUCAUACAUGAAUAUGGUAGGAAAGAGCUGCAGGUGCAAGACACAAGGAAUGAAGCAUGCUUGGAGGAGAGGAUAUCUUUCUAAUAAUUAAUAUCAGAAAUCUGAUUGGGGUGUUUAGUUAGUUGGGUGCAAGACGAAGUGAUCAAUAAAAAUUAGUACCUAUGUUAGUUGGAGGGUUUUUUAUUUUUAAUUUUUUAUUUUACUGUGGUAGUUGUUUUUUUUUUUUUAGUUGCACCAGUGUAUUGACCAGGCCAACUUGAGUUGGUAGUGGUAGAUGGAGUGUUAAUUCAUGUAUUUUUGGUCAUUAUGGUUCUUGGCCCAUGGAUUUAUGGAACCUGUCAUGUGCUGUUUUAUUCUUGGUUUCUUUGAGUUGUAUGAUUGUUGUGCUCUCCACUCACUUCCCUUUUCGGCUUUGUAUUGUGUUUGAUACCCUCAAAAAAAGAGUUAAACAAAAGGACUUGCCUGCGGAUCAGGUUACAGGUUAGCCCCUCUUGAUCUUCAUCAACUAAUACUGGGGCUAAUUUUUUUAAAAUAUUGAUUAAAUAUAUGUGUAAUACAUUGUUAUUGGAAGAUUAGGUAUUUUUUUUA